GCUUUUGGGAAGACAAAUUUUCUCACUAAAAAGUUACUAAAAAAGUGGAAAUGUUUACUGCAAAUGACAGAAGCAAACGACAGUUUUCUUCGUUUUCCAAAAGUCACGACGUUUCGCGAUGAUAAAAUCAACGCAGCUGUUUUCAUUUUGAUUCACAUUGAUAUUUCUUUUUUUUUUUUCAAUUUUCAUUUUCCUAUUUAUCAAAAGUUUUCAAAUUCUCUGGAAAGGCUCAGAAGCUCCGAAACGUUUACCAGUCACACAAGUACGCUUCAUCGUCGUGAAACGUCAGUUCGUGGAAGCGAUGUCGAGAGUGUCGGGAUUCAGGGAGUUCGGCCCCGCCCGCCCCCUCGCGUUACAUUGUUGCCGAGGGACGAUGCGUUUUUAUUUUUAAUAACGUUCGUUUUUUUUCUCAAAAAAGCGGCAUCUACAGCAUACUGUUAAACGCGUCGACUGCGAGCGGUCGUUGGCACAUUCGAGAAUCAGCGAUAAGUGCUUAAAAAGAGAAUAAAAAUAGAGUAAUACAAAUAGAAUAAUAAAUAAAUUGAAUUAUUCGUUAGUGUUUAUGGAAAUAGUGUCGCGAGUUGUCAAAACUUCCGAGUGAAUUGUAGCGGCGAGCGAAAAAAAUUACGCCAAGAGAUAAUGCAAGACGACGACUGCGUCAUGCUGUUGAUGAGAUUUCCUCAAAAAUUGUGGAAAAUCGUAAACGACUGUGAAACCGGAGCGAUCAGAUGGAGCACCAACGGCGGCACGAUACUCCUCGAUUACAAAAAAUUUCAGGACCAAUAUCUUGGGACGAGAAACCCGAUAUUCAAAACGAACAACAUCACGAGCUUCAUCAGACAGCUCAAUCUUUAUGGUUUCCGGAAAGUGACGUCGCACAAUCGGGACCCUUUAUGCAACUCGAAUAAUCCGGACAUACACGAAUUUCUUCACGACAGCUUCCGCUACGGAAGAUCAGACUUACUCGGUAAAGUGUGCCGCAAAGCUGCCAGCAGCUCGAAUAAUCACAAACUGAGGAAAUACGAGCGCGCCAAUAAUUGCGUGGAUGGGACCAAGGCUGGGAAUCCUAGCAACAAGCGACAGGAAUCCAACAAAAUUACCAAUCGAAUGACACGCUUGCAACUCUGUCAGUUCGCAUUGACAAGAGCCCUGGACCAAGCGAUGAAAGACUAUCUUCGAGAAAGAAUGUUGGCCCAAAUAAUGCGCAAACAGGAGCGAAACCGAAGGAUGGAACAGUUGGAUAAUUUGGAGAACGAAGUUGGAGCAUUAUGGGCCCGUAGGUACGAGUUUGAUCCCCGCCGUUACUGAAUUCAAUGAAAUUCUUUCGUCACGAAACGGGGAUUAUUUGAAAGCGCAGCUUUCGAGCUACGACCGCAUCGAU